AUGUCCGCCCGAUUCACCUCUGGCCUCCUAGCCUCAGCUCGCGCCCUGCCUCGAUCCGCACGGCUCAUACGGCCUCGGGCAUCUACGCGAUCCGCUCACACAGCUCCUCCAAGGCACUUUCAAUCACCCUCUGGGUCAAGGUAUCUCGCUCUAGGCGUUGCAGCCGCCGUCGCAGCGACUGCGACAUACCUCGGUCGCGUACAGCUCGAGGAUGAGUCAAGCAAGAAGGUCGCCAAGCAGGGUGCGGGCUCUGCUGGGAAGAGGUUGAUCAGCUUUGAAGAGGUCCAGAAGCACUCGACAGCAGAGGACUGCUGGGUCGUUAUCGAUGGCAAAGUCUACGACGUUACCGACUUCCUGGAGAACCACCCGGGCGGAGCAGGUAUCAUCCUCGAGAACGCCGGUAAAGACGCCACACGCAUCUUCAAACCCCUGCACCCCCCAGACGCACUAGACCAGCUCGCCCCCGAGGCACACCUCGGCCCCGUCGAUCCAGAUACCAUGCCCGCUGAGCAGGCCUUGGUCGAGACAGAAGAGGACAGGCGGAUCGCGGACUGGCGAGAGAAGAUGCCGGAUGCGGAAGGGAUGUUGCUGGUGGAUGACUUUGAGGAGUGGGCGGAGAGGGUAUUGACGGGGACGGGGUGGAACUAUUAUCGUUCUGCGGCGGACAGGGAGAUUUCGUUCCAAGAGAAUUCGGACGCCUACAGACGAUACUUCCUCCGACCCCGUAUCCUCCGGAAUAUGACCGAGGGCAACCUUGAGACCGAGUUCAUCGGCAUCCCGACAAAGCUCCCAGUAUUCAUCAGUCCAGCGGCGAUGGCGAAGCUGGGGCAUCCCGAUGGAGAAGUGAAUCUGACCAGAGGAGCGGGGACAGCAGGAAUCGUACAGGGUAUCUCAAUCAACGCCUCGUGUGGUCUGGAUGAGAUCAUGGCAGCACGCAAAGAAGGCCAGAAAGUCAUUUUCCAAAUAUACCUCAACAAAGACCGGAAAGCCUCAGAAGCACUGCUCGAGAAGGUGACCAAGCUCGGAGCGGCGGGUAUCAUGUUUACGGUGGACUCGGCGUAUCGGAGUAAGCGGACGAGGGACGUGAGGGCCAAGAGCCACGUUGCUGCACCGAUCAAGAACACUACUACGGCGAACGAGGCACCUUCUAAAUCGCCUAAAGGGGUCGGGGCGGCCAUCUCGGGGUAUCAAGAUACGAAUCUGACAUGGGACGAUAUCAAGUUUAUCCGGAAACAUACCAACCUGCCCAUCAUAGUGAAGGGUAUCCAAAGCCUCGAGGACGUCCAAAUGUGCGUUGAUGCCGGCGUCGAGGGCGUCAUUCUCUCCAACCAUGGUGGACGGCAAUGCGACUACGCCCCCGCACCCAUCGACAUCUUGUAUGAAAUCCGCUCCCUCCGUCCUGACCUCUUCUCCAAGGUCGACAUCAUGAUCGACGGGGGUGUGAGGUCCGGGGCGGACGUCGUCAAGGCAUUGGCGCUCGGAGCGAAGGCGGUAGGAUUGGGACGGCCGUUUUUGUAUGCUAAUGGCACGCAUGGGCAGGAAGGGGUGGAGAGGGUCUGCGAGAUUAUGGCUGAGGAGAUCACGAAUACGAUGCGGAACUGCGGGGCGAAUACUAUCAAGGAUCUCAAGCCGGAGAUGGUGGGGCCGGCGGGUCCCUGGGUAGGGCAGAAUCGGCCGAACUGGGCGCCUAAGCCAUAG